CAGAGAGAAGGAGGACAGAGAGGCGAGCUGUGAAGGCGAACAGAUGUGAACCGGACUACGGGAAGAGAACAAGCUGUAGUAAGGGACGGAGAACCUCUGAUUCUGCGAACAUGUGGCAACCCGCGUCGGAGCGACUGCAGCACUUUCAGACCAUGCUGAAGACCAAGCUGAAUGUGCUGACGCUGAGAAAGGAGCCGCUGCCCACGGUGAUCUUCCACGAGCCCGAGGCCAUUGAGCUCUGCUCUACCACACCGCAUGCAAAGAGCAGGACUCAUGCUGGAUACAAGGUGACCUACCUGGGCAAGGUGACAAUCUCUGGGACCCAGUUCUUGUCUGGCUGCACAGAGUCGGCGGUGGUUGGUCUGGUGGAGAGUCGUACCCCGGCCCAACAGCAGGGCACUUGUCCGGCUAGCAGUUCUCUGCUGGAGAUCCGGCCCUUUCAGGUGCGUCUUCAUCACAUGGAUGAGCGCGGUGAGGCCUCAGUAACCAUGGACACCUACCAGGUGGCACGCAUCGCCUACUGCACAGCUGACCACAGCAUCAGACCCAACAUAUUUGCCUGGAUCUACCGGGAGAUCAACGAUGACCUGUCCUUCCAGAUGGACUGCCACGCUGUGGAGUGCGAGAGCAAGCUGGAGGCCAAGAAGCUGGCGCACUCGAUGAUGGAGGCUUUCCGCAAGACUUUCCACAGCAUGCGUAGUGAUGGCCGGAUCCACAAGAGCGGGUCAACGGACGACUUUGCUGAGGACUCAUCCACCCCUGAAGACUCGACCCCAGAUGAUGGUUGAACUAAAACACAAUAUAAUAAACACAAGAUACCCAUCCUAACAAAGUGAGGGGUGACUGGAAGGAUGGACAGAUUACCUGCUCUCUCUCAUUCUCCCUUACUAUUUCUGUUAUCAAUUUGGAACGAAGAUGAGCUGACAUUUGAACCAACACAUCCAAGACAGUGACAGCUUUUAAAUACUGCAAAGAAAGUUACAAAACAAUAUUUACAUACAGGAAUAGCAAGGUGCUGCCCCCCUUUUGAGUAAAUACUCAGCAAAAAAGGCACACUGGGCGCUUUCAAGCACCUUUUAGUCGUGAUCAAUAGAUUCUCUCAGCGUUUCCAUUUGCAACCCCUGUCAGCACCUAAUGAACACUUCUGAUUCCUUAACUUUUAGAUCAAGGAAAUAAAGAAGACAAAGAUUAGUCCAUGUUCUUACAGCACCAGGUCAUAAUAACCUACUGCCAUUCUUGCCAUGCGGGGACCCAGCAGAAAUAUCUCUGGUCCCAACCCAGAGUUUAUAUGAGACUGUUGGAGCACAUACGUUCUUGAAAUAUUUAAUCAUAUGGAUCUCUGUUACAAUGCCUUCGGGCCUUGGCAACAGCAAACGAGAACGUGAACAUAAAGCUAAGCCUUCAAGCACUGCUCAUAUCUCUGCUAUCAUACCUUAUUCCAAACCCCGAAUAUUAUUCACUGAGCAUAGCUGUUAACUCGUUUGCAUGAUAGAGCUACUACCUCUGUCUCUUAAAAAGAUUCAGAGUACCUGUAUGGCACCUGGGAGAACAUAGGUGCUAAAUAUGUUUUAGAAGUUCUCACUGGAAUGAAAGCCCAGGCCCGUCCGAGACACCUUAAUCAUCCACAUCUGACUUCUAUUUUAAGUAUACCAAAAUUUAGGCUGUCUUUUGCCUGUCACAUUAUGUGCCUCACUUUCCUCUCACCUUAGUUUGGUCUCUUACCCAGGUCCCAGUGUGUGUGUGUGGCCAUGUGUGUGCUCACAGAUUUUAUGUUAUUCUGUGUCGGUGUAAUUCCUAAUUCUGUACUUAGUGUAUAUGGGUGUACACGCGAGUGCUUGCAUGUGUGUGUGUGUGUGUGUGCAUGUGUGCGCAUGAGAGAGAGAGACAAAGAAGCAGUAAGAAAGGAGGAAGAUUGGGGAAGAUAUUAAACGAUUAGCUGGAAGGGAAGACUUCUCAUUGCCCCGAGAGCAUCUGCUUUUGAAAGAGGUGCUUUCAAAUCUGACAUGGUACUGUGACCAUUUGCCACGUUUACUUAAACCCGUCUUGUAUGAAUUGAAAACAUAAGAAAGAGUGAUUGAAUGUGCCAGUCACACAGAGGUUGUAAGACCCUAAAUCACAGCCAUCCAAGACAACAACUUACACCUCCUGGCCUCUGCCGAAUGUAUGAGUCCAACAUACUGUGAUCACCUCACAGCAUCUCCAAUCACAUCAGUCUCCCAUAAUCUCCUCAUGCUCUCAGACAGCUCUGAGGGGUGCGACUCUGGCCUCGCAGGCAGUCAGCCAGUGACCAGCUGUCUCCGCUGCGCUGUGUCGUCUCUCCGAGUGACUGAGGCGCCAUUGUGGAGAAGAGGGAAAAAAAAAAAUCAACUCUUUCUUCUUUUCUAACUGAACUGUACUGAACUGGAUGCCAUCAGUGGAAAUGGUCUUCAGUCAGCAAACUCAAGCAGAAUAUUCAAACUUGCAUACAGCUAUACAAAUGUUACACAUGUUGUAUUUGAAUCUUGCCCGAUAAGCUUAUGUAAAUACAAAUGUAUCACUUCCCAGAUAUUACAGUAUAAAUGUCGAUAGCUAUUUUAAGUAAUAAAAAGUGUUAAGAACCGUCAUACAAUACAGAAACAGUAUUAUAAAAACUACUGUGAAUAAUAAGUGGGGAGCCUGAUGGUGGUGGCUGUGUGUGUGUGUGUGUGUGUGUGUGUGUGUGUGGGGAGUGGUGAGUAUGGACAGGUCAGAGAGGCAGAGAGCGUUUAUAAAGCUGUAGAUUAUACUGUGCCAUGUCUGUCUGAACACUCAGACGCGCUUUAAAUGUUAAAAAAACAAACAAAUGUUACCUUAAGUGUUUUCUAUACAGUGUUUGCAAAAAUCAAAAAUAAUUGCAUAUAAAGUAUUUACCAAGA